AUGGAUGUUGGCGAGCUCUUAAAUUAUCAGCCUGAUAGAGGAGCAACACGUUCCAGAGAAGAUAAUGCUGGAGAGGAGGACCAGAGAAGUGCAAAGCAUCAAAAACUGUCGAAUGCCAGACACAGAGACGGAGCAGGAGCUGGAGCUGAGGGACCCACAAAGGACAGUGAUGACUUGGCUGUGGAUCGUAAGAAGAUCUUGGAAAAACUGAUGGACCAGGAUGAAGAUGAUCCUGAGGCUGAGCCAGUGGAUGAGAGCUCAGUGAAAAAAAUGAUCCUGACCUUUGAGAAACGAUCCUACAAAAAUCAGGAACUCAGGAUUAAGUUCCCCGACAAUCCAGAAAAGUUCAUGGAGUCGGAACUGGAUCUGAACGACAUUAUCCAGGAAAUGCAUGUGAUUGCUACCAUGCCAGAUCUCUAUCAUCUGCUUGUGGAGCUCAACUCUGUUCACUCACUGAUGAGCCUUUUGAGUCAUGAAAACACAGAUAUCCUUUAUCCUGAUCUACAUGUUGCCAUAGCAGUGGUUGACCUCCUCCAAGAGCUGACGGAUAUUGACACUCUCAAUGAGAGCGAAGAGGGCGCUGAGGUUCUAAUAGAUGCUCUGUUGGAAGGCCAGGUGGUUGCGUUACUUGUACAGAAUAUGGAGCGACUGGAUGAGCAGGUUAAAGAGGAAGCUGAUGGUGUCUUCAACACACUAGCCAUUAUAGAAAACAUGGCAGAGUUUAAACCAGGCCUGUGCACAGAAGCAGCUCAGCAGGGACUCAUGCAAUGGCUGCUCAAGAGAAUCAAGGCAAAGAUGCCUUUUGAUGCCAACAAGCUGUACUGCAGUGAAAUUCUGGCCAUCUUGUUGCAAAACAAUGACAGCACAAGAGAACUCUUGGGGGAGCUGGAUGGCAUUGAUGUGUUACUGCAGCAACUCUCUGUGUUUAAACGUCACAACCCGUCCACAGCUGAGGAGCAAGAGAUGAUGGAGAAUCUUUUCGAUGCACUGUGUUCAUGCCUAAUGUUGCCAGCUAAUCGGGACCGUUUCCUCAAGGGAGAAGGUCUUCAACUAAUGAAUCUCAUGCUUCGAGAAAAGAAAAUGUCUCGGACCAGCUCUCUCAAAGUUCUGGAUCAUGGGAUGAUCGGACCAGAGGGAGGUGAUAACUGUCAUAAGUUUGUGGACAUCCUUGGAUUGAGAACCAUUUUUCCACUUUUCAUGAAAACUCCCAAAAAGAUGAGGAGCUCUGGAACCUCUGAGAAAGAACAUGAAGAGCACGUCUGUUCAAUUAUUGCAUCCAUGCUGAGGAAUCUCAAGUCCCAACAGAGAAGCAGACUCCUUAAUAAGUUCACAGAGAAUGACUGUGAGAAGGUUGAUCGACUGAUGGAGUUGCAUUUUAAGUACCUAGAGGCUGUUCAACAGGCUGACAAGAGGAUCGAAGGGGAGAAACAUGAGAUGGUUCGCCGUGGUGAAAUCUUGGAUGACCACAUGGAAGAUGAGUUUUACCUGCGUCGACUGGAUGCUGGACUCUUUGUUCUUCAGUCCAUCUGCUACAUAAUGGUCGAGAUCAGCAACUCAGGGCUGACACAGCUGCAGCAGAGAGUUCAACAAAUUCUCAACUUAAGAGGAGGAUCUGUCAAAACUGUACGCCACAUCAUGAGAGAGUACGCAGAGAGCAUCGGGGAUGGCAAGAGCGAGGAGUUCAAAGAGGCAGAGCGCAAGAGGAUCAUGGAUCUGUUAGAAAACUUUGGAAAAAAUUGA